ACCAAUGGCGAAAGGGCUUACAUCUAGGAGGGGCGCGUGGGGCGGCGGAGCCAAUGGGAAGGCUCCUUCUUGGGCGGGACCGCUGCUGCUGUGGUGACGGUUGGAGUCGGACGCUUGUUGUGGUUGUGGAUCGGCUUUGGGAUGGCCACCAGCUACAAAAAGCCGUCAUUGGGAGCUCCAGCUCAAAGGAAGAAGGCAGCCCCCAAAACUGAACUCACUGAAGAGCAGAAACAGGAGAUUCGGGAGGCCUUUGAUCUGUUUGAUACCGAUGGGACCGGGAACAUCGAUGUGAAAGAGCUGAAGGUUGCCAUGAGGGCCCUUGGAUUUGAACCUAAGAAAGAUGAGAUCAAGAAAAUGAUCUUAGACAUUGAUAAAGAAGGAACUGGAAAGAUUACCUUUGGGGAUUUCUUAAGUGUAAUGACCCAGAAAAUGGCUGAAAAAGAUUCAAAAGAGGAGAUUCUUAAAGCCUUCAAACUGUUUGACGAUGAUGAGACUGGCAAAAUCUCUUUCAAAAACCUCAAGCGUGUGGCCAAAGAACUGGGGGAGACUCUUACAGAUGAGGAAUUGCAGGAAAUGAUUGAUGAAGCUGACAGGGAUGGAGAUGGGGAAGUCAAUGAGCAGGAGUUCUUGCGGAUCAUGAAGAAGACCAGUCUGUACUGAGAUACUUGGUACACUGUGUGUUUUUUUUUUUCUAUUCUUUGUUUUUGUUUUUGAGUCUCAUAUUGGCCUCUGUGGUGCCUGUUUGGAGAAGAUCAGCAGCAGCCCAUAUCUCCCUAGCUGUGUACUCUGUUGGCUCCCAUCUGCUUCUGGCCAGCCCUCCAUCACUGAGUGUUAAAUCUACUUACAACAGUAAUGUGAGGCCUACUGAGUUAAAGCUGCCUUUUCAAGGAGGUUAAGUAUCUGCACCCAGGGCUUAUGCAAAGAAAUAUUUUUGUCAUGGACACUUGAGAUAUUCUGAGAAACAUAUUCUGAGGACAAAGAAGAAUUCUUUUUAAGAAUUGUUGUUUUAAACUAUCCAGAGCUUGAAUUGGGGUGGCAAAUAAUAUCUGCCAAAGUGAAAGGAUGCCAAAGAGUGGAUGGAUCUAGUUCAGCUUCUGUACCUGGUCCACUUUGAUUGUUCUGUCUCUGCCAUCAAGAAAGUGGCCUGGUUCUGGAUAUUGUUGAAACACAGUGCCUGCAAUAGCAAAAUUUUGAUUUUUUUUUUCAAAAAAAGAAUGCACUUAUUGGCCCUUACAUUUUCCAGAAGCCUUGAAUGUAAAAUUGUUAUGUCCUUAAUAAUCAAAUUUGUUGGAAAGAGCCUGUAAACAUCUUUUUUCAAAUGUUCAUGCCUUGUACUGUUAACAAUGAAAUGUAAAGAUGACAUCAAACAUUU